GAGUAGGCUCAGCUGUUCUAACGAGUCCUGCCAUGCGUAAACCUUAUUUCCGCCUAGUAAUGCAUGAUGGUUACAGGAAUGGGCGCCAUUUUACCGAAUGUUCCCGAAGUUUUUGUGUUCUGAAAUCAUAGUAAUACGUACUUUUACAGCUUUUCAACUGCUUUCAAUUCCUUAUGUAUGACGUCACAUAUCGCUACUGCAUCAGCGAGCACAAUGACCUUGCUGACCCAUGGCAAGGUAACGGCAACAACACAAGCACCCACGACAUCUUCCACUACGAUGUCAUCGCCAGCAAAUCCCCCACCUUCAAAGGCAAGGCUGCUGUUUAACUCCGAUGGAAGUGUAAAACUGAUGGGAGACCUCACCCAGUUCCCAGGGAUAGGGGCAGACAAGAACAGCCACACCCUGGUUCCCACGGUGGGUCCUGAUGGCAAGAUGACCAUGCUUCUAACUCCAUCAGACGGACGUGGAAAAACCUUCAUCCUCAACCCAACCAACGGCGGAAGCCUUCCCAGCCCUAACGUCAUUGUAACACCAAACACGCUUGUUUUGGGGAACAAGUCGGCAAACACUCUACCCUCAACCUCCAUGUACAUGCCAAAAAUACUUCCAACACCAACACAGGUGGCCAGUAAGUUUCCACAAGCCCAACUUAUUCUUUCAGGGGAACAGCUAAAAGUAGCUUCCAAAUCUCCACAAAUAUCUCUUCUGUCCACUUUUAAAAGUGCGCCAGUGCCUACUACCCGUGCAGACGAGUUUGUGACACAUAUGCGGAUUGAUCCUUCGGGCUCUGUUACUUCUACAGUCAGGAUUCCAUGCUCCAGUUCUCACAACUCAACCUCCACGGCUGCAUCCGUGACUCAGUCAGCUCCUGGCACUCUUCCAGGUGCAACCGCGGUGUUGAAACACCUAGCUGAAAAGGUUAGCACCAUUAAGAAAGAACCGGAAGAGAAUACCUCUCAUAGUGAUGCAGCUGGUCCAAGGUCUAGUCAUCCAGGUGGACCCGAGUCCAAAUUGACCAAUGGCAAAGACUUCCCUUGCAAGUUUACCAACAACCAGUGGACUAGACUCAACAGCGUUCUGCCAACCAGCGCUCCUUCCACUGUAGUUGUGCCAAAUCAAGGGCAGACUGGCGUUGGACAUAAACUAGUUAGCACGAGCGCUUUCCCUCAAAGUAUUCCUCGAAGGUACAUGAUUGUACCAAAGAAUACAUCUGGCGCUAUGGAACCGCCUCCCGACCGCCCCCAACCUGCAGGCAAUACGACAGACGUGUUUCCUAUAACCUCCACUGUCACAUCAUCAUCAACAAUGAUCUCUAGUGCUGUACCAACGAUGAUGUUUCCACACAAUUAUGCUGCAAGUUUGAGUGACAAACGUCCCUCUAUGGCGCCAACCAUCAGCACCAAUAUAACUUUGCCUCCCCCACAGCCUUACCCGUUCCUGGGAACCGCCCCCCGGAAGGUUGUGUAUCCAAUGAACUAUGAUCCUGUUAAGAUUGCACCUUCUGUAAAGCCAACACCGACGCCAACUGUUGUAAAACUGUUAUCUACUUCCCCAAAAGAUGUGUGUGACAAAGAAAGUUUGACUGAUGGGUCUGAGAAAUAUUUGGAUGCUAAGACGGGAUGCCUGACAUCUGACCAACUGCAGCAGGGCCCUGCAGACCCCGACGAUGGUGUUUUGUCAAUUAAGAUAGACUCAGUAUUUUCUUUGGCCGUGAAAGAGGAAAAGCCGGUUAAAACUAAAAAGAAACGUUUGAGAAGUAGCACUAGAAAAUGUACUUCAGGGGAUAAAGAUGAAGAUGAGUCUCCAAAGAAACCCGAAGUUGUCAUCAAGCAAGAAGCUGGUGUUGAGUCGGAAGUAAAACCAUCAGCUAGUGAACCUGAAAUUGUCACUUGUCCACCUUCUUAUGUUGUUCUUGAACAGUUGUCACAGAGGCAGAUUGAAAACCCCAAGCGACACAUCAUUAAAUGUUCCAACUACUGUAGAGUCAGGACAUUGAACUUUCUGUGUACACUUGGCUUAGUAAACUGUGAGCCAACAGUGCACAUUAGAAAAUGUGCAUCGAACUGUGAGUCAAGGGAAAACGUGAACCCAAAACGCAAGGAAGUGCAGAAAAGUAAACAGACACAACUGUCACAGUGUGAUUCGUCUCUCGAUACUAAACCAACCAAACGUGAAGAGGCAUCCGGCCCUGAGAAGCUGUCCUCGGCUGGAAGGGAUGUUUCUAAGGUCUCGGCUGGAAGGGAUGUUUCUAAGGCCUCGGCUGGAAGGGAUGUUUCUAAGGUCUCGGCUGGAAGGGAUGUUUCUAAGGUCUCGGCUGGAAGGGAUGUUUCUAAGGCCUCGGCUGGAAGGGAUGUUUCUAAGGUCUCGGCUGGAAGGGAUGUUUCUAAGGCCUCGGCUGGAAGGGAUGUUUCUAAGGUCUCGGCUGGAAGGGAUGUUUCUAAGGUCUUGGCUGGAAGGGAUGUUUCUAAGGCCUCGGCUGGAAGGGAUGUUUCUAAGGUUAGGAAAGUGGAGAAACCCACAAAUCCGAAGAUGAUCCAAACGGUGAUCAAAUUUACAAAGAUUGACAAAGAGGGUAACAAGGAAAGUUCAUCAAAAUCAGAGACAGUUCCCGCAUCAGCAACAGCUACAUCAGCCCCACCCACCACAGUGGCUAGCAUCACUGCUGCAGUUCCACCACCUGCUAAAAUCCCCGUGUCCUGUGGUCCAGCCAUCUCUCAAUCUGUAAAUACUUCAGCACUCCCCAGCCUAAAUGGUGUACCUUUCCGACCGUUGUUAAAUGUAGCUAAGGGCAAUGUGGUUCCAGGUAAAUCUACAUUGAGGCUUCCAUGUACUAUCGCAUCCAAGGUGCCGGGUUUUUUAGACACGUCAAAUGCCAACAAGAAACAAUAUUAUCUGUUCACAGUAAAUGGACAGAAUGUUUUGGUUCCAAUUUCCAAUGACGUUAUGAAACCAACUGCGUAUAUGUUGAAGGGAAAUACAUUGAGCGCAUUAUCCAACACGACCUCAGUCACAACGAACACGCCAACUGUAUCGACUGCCGCUGGUGGCCCGGGAAACAAUCUUUUAGUACAGAGACUUACAACCGCUUUGCAAAGCCAAGCUCUGAAACGUAAGACCGAUACUGUUCCUCAGCAUACACCGCCUAGUAAAGCAUCCAAGCUGACAGAAGAGAAGGUGGAUACAGUCAAACCCACCCCGGAACAACCAGCAGGGAUUCGGAUCAAGCCCGAGCCUGUAACACACGGGUAUGGGGAUGAAAAACCCUUGGAAUCAACACCCAGGAAAAAGGCAAGGAAACAAGAAGUGAAAAUCAAACAGGAACCCGUUGAUACUGAAUGGCGGGAGGUGUGGAGCACUAGUGCCGUGCCAGUGGAGCAUCCCGAUAAUGCGCCGACUCUAAAGAAACAGUCACCAACGUCUACAACAGUGUCAAGAGAUGGCUCUGCUUCCACGCCAGGAGGGUCGCGGUCUGAGGAUACCAUGCCUACUCUUCCCAUGAUGCAACUUCCCAGUACGAAAGACAGAGCUCACAAGAUGGCUGCCCACAAUGACCGCGUGGAGCGUCUCAAGGCUGUUCUGAGGCAGAAGGAGAAAGAAAUUGAGGAUUUGAAGAAGAAAAGGGUGGAGGAUGAUUUCUAUGGUAUUGACGACAAAGAAUGUGACACACACCGAACGCUAGAAGACGUGAAACAUGUACAUACUGUGAAGACUGAAUCUGUGUCAAGAUAGUGGUGAACUUCAAUGGAAUGACCAGAAGUCCUUACAAUAAUGUCAUAUAAAUAGUCGAAUAGUUAUGUGUCAGCAAUUUCAUAGAUUACUGUAAUUUACUGUUACGUUGUUUGUAAUAUCUGUGAUAAUUAUAUGAUUUUUAUAUCAUUAUUAUUUAAUAUGACAUAAUAGUUCCAUAUGAAAAUGUAUUGGGUGGAGAAUACACCCUGAUUUGUGAGGCAUGCCAGUUCCUUUAUCUAAAAUCAGGGUUAUGAGAGUGUUACUCCAAACGGGAUUGCAGAAUAUUUAGGAACCAUGAAUGUAUCACAGUGAAAUCAUAUGCAUCAAAAUGUUCAUCGUUCAAAGUUACACAACAAGCACCUCCCAGUCUAAAUACCAAAGAUUAUAUCAGUCAAGAUGUGAAGUACGACACGUGCUGAACAAUUCCAUGGACGUCGUACAAAACGCUUACUGUUAUCGCCUCAUAUGCUCAUAUUUCUGAAACCUAACCAGCAACCCAUGCUUGUCGUAAGAGGCGACAAACGGGACUGGGUGGUCAGACUCGCUGACUUGGUUGAUACGUGUCAUCGUAUCCCAUGCGUAGAUCGAUGCUCAUGAUGUCAAUCACUGGAUUGUCUGGUCCUUAAUAGAUUAUUUACCGACCGCCGUCAUAUAGCUGAAAUAUAGCUGAGUGCGGCGUUAAACAACAAACAUAAUUCUAAGAGGAUCACAUAAUGCUGACGUGAAGAAACUGUUGUAUAUGUAUAUCCAAUGCUUGAAUGGCCGUACGUUCUUUGCAUAAUCAACUGCUGUGUUUUGUCAACAUGAAACAUAUUAAUUGUUUUCAUAAAUUUGUAUAUAUUUCCACAUGUCCUAAGUUGUACCCCUUAUCUGUGCCGGAAUCCGCUGAUCGCUAUUUCUAAUCUCAGAUUUAUCCCGAUUAUGAUCCUUGGUUUGUCGGCAUUAUGUACCUGCCCGUCACAGCUGACACUUGUCGUAAGAGGCGACUGACGGGAUCGGGUGGUCGGGCUCGCUGACUUGGUUGAUAUAUCCCAAUUGCGUGAUUCGAAGCUCAUUAUGUCAAUCACAGGAUUUCUGAUCCUGACUCGAUG